AUGAAAGAUUCGACAUGGGAUGAAUCGACCUCUGAAUGGCUACACAACAUUGUCAGCAAGCCACUGAACGGCCCCGGGGAAACUCUCAGAAUACGUAGCGAUUUCUAUAUCCUCGCCUCUGGCGUCCUUUCACGACCAAAGGUUCCUAAUUCCCCUGGCCUACUUGAAUUUGGCGGCCAUAUCUUUCACACAGCCCGAUGGGAUUAUAACUACACCGGCGGCUCGCCUGAAGAUCCCAGACUAUCCAAUUUGAAAGACAAAAAUGUAGCCUUUCUUGGCACCGGAGCCACUGGUAUUCAGGUGGUUCCGGAGCUUGCAAAAUGGGUCAAGAAGCUAUAUGUGAUCCAAAGAACCCCUGCAGUGGUGGCUGAGCGUGGACAGACCCCGAUAGACCCCAAGCAGUGGUGCAGGGAUACUCGUGAGAAAGGAUGGUAG